AUGUCUGCAAACAAAAGGGUACAUUCCAAAUCUGUUAGAGUGCUUUUGCUCGUGCAGGGGAGGGCGAUGUACAAAGAGAAGCCGCCUUCCAAGUGCUCCACAAAGCACGAGGGCAGGCUGCGGAGUCCCACGCCACUGAACAGCCGGCGGUGGAGAUUUGUGAGAACGGGACGGGAUGACUUCCGGAAAGGCUGCCCGCCUCGCGAAGGUCUGAUCACUCAGGGCCCUGAGGAGGGCUUUCUCCCCUACAUUUAUCACAGAACUCCUCGACCUGCCCUGAAGAGGAGGCAGAACGUGCUGCCCGGGGAAGCAGUCACCCUGUGUUCCAAGCUCCCGCCGGCCCAGCAGGCACGGAAGGCGUUGCUGGCGGACGCUGAGGCCCAGCUGACCCCGCACCCCUUGGCUCUCUACCCGGACCUGGAAGAAUGCCUGCCUGCAGAGCUCUUAUUAAAGGUGCUGGAAGUGUUGGAUCCUGACAGGAAGCUGGAGGACACGUGGGCUUAUUGUCAGGGCAUCAGGAAAAGAACGAAGGAACCCACAAAAGUUUUUAAAAAACGUCCUACCAAAGUCUACCUGGGGCCUCCUAAGAAGACUUCUGUGUCACAUCCAGGCCAAUGGCUUUAUGAAGAAAAGAAGCCAAGUGAAACAGAUUUUCUCCACAAAGAUGGUCCACUUCUUCACGAAAGUGGGAGCCUGAACAUUGAUGAGGAGUUCAUCCUGAAACAGUUUGACCUUGACUAUCAGAGCAAACCGAGCUAUAAUGCGCUCCACACAAUGAGACCCAACCAGGUUCCUCUGGAGCUAAAGAAAAGCAUUGGGCUAGAUACACUGCAGGAGCCACAGUUUUUCCAGAAGCUAGACUAUGAGCAGAGACUUCAGAAACCACAGAAUCCUUAUAAACCAAAGUGGGUGAAGAUGAGGUAUGGAGCAUGGUAUCUGAACACCAAGUUGUGGAAAAAGCAAAGAGCCGAUGAACCUUUGGUUGACCCCAAGGUCUUACGUAAAGCUCAAGAGGAGAAUUUUAAAAAGGAGCUACAGGAACAGGAGGAGUUCCUUACAGACCUUCACGGAACAGUUGCCUUUAAGGAUUUCAUUCUGAGCAGGGGCUCCAGGAUGCCGAGUUUCCUUGAGAAGAUGUAUAUGAGGAAGGAAUGUAAAUGUGAGUGUAACAAGACUUCUAUAAAAUAACUCACGCAUAGAAGAAUCUUGGGAAGACGAUUAGACAGAUUUCAUUUGCUAUGUACUUGCUAUUUCUCUCUCUUGUUAAACAUUAAACAAAAUUUAUAAUGAAUG